CGUGUUCUGCGUGGAAACUAGACAUCGAUUCAUAGGGCAUCGUGAUGUCUUCAAAGAACGUUGUCACUAUUGGUCAACUCGUUAGGAAGUGCUUAAGGAAAGCGUAUUUUCUUCCUCAAAAACCCUCGUCGUACUCUAAAGGGUACAGGUUCUUAAACGACAAAAAAUACUGGACUUACGAUUGUCCGCCUUCUCCUCUGUACUUCGAUCGCCUUCUGUCGCCAUUUCGUCAUCUUCCCGCUGCUGGAGACGAAAUUCCUAUUAUAAUGGAGUGUACACCUGAAUCGUACUUGCUUCAGCACUGGAAGCAAUGGCUUCCGGCUUUUCCUCCCGUCGUUAUCAAGUCACUAGACGAGGGACUGCGAGAUGAUAUCCCUGUCAUAACAACGGCGGCGCUGGAAGCCAUCCCGGAACACAAGCAUAGUAUUCCUCCCGAUCUUUUGUACGAACUGCAGCUUAAAAGUACCAUUCUCGAAGUAGGGGUUCCAUUUCCACGAUAUCUUGUCAAAGACGCUCUAACAUAUCCUUGUGCUGUUAAAGCUGAUAUGAGCACUGGUGGACGUGGGAGCUGGCUUGUCAAAAACGAAAGGGAAUUGUCGGAGACGCUUCAGCAAAUGAAAGAUGUGUGCAACUGGAAGGGGGGGACUGUGUUUCAAGAAUACAUUCCUGGAGUUAAAGAAGUGCCUAGCUUUCAAUUUUAUCUGCAUAAAUCCGGCGAACUCUUUUGGGUUGGCACAACAACCGGUGGAUUUACCGGAUGUUUUUCAUGGACUACUGGAUCAGUGGACUGGGACAAGCAAGAAGAGUAUGAAAACCUUGUGUACAAAGAGUUCACAUUACCCAUAAAAGAUUACCUGCAAAGGCGAGGCUACUUUGGCCUGGUCACUUUUGAGGUGUUAAUUACUGAUCAUGCAAAGUACCUAGUGGAUAUUAACCCAAGAAUAGGAGGCGAUACAACACAUUUGUUACUUGCUCGUCACAUGGCUCUGGAUAUUGGCUUCAAACAUUCAGCAAUUUUUUGUAAAAAUAAGCACUCCAACCUGACUUCCAAGGAACUAGUUAAGAGGGCAAAUGAUAGCAAUGAGCAAGGUGAAGGAUUGACUGUUGUACUAUCAGCUGCUGAUGCUGAUGUAGGAUGUGAAUCAUAUGUGUCUGUUUUUGCUAAGACACCAGAUGCAGUACAAACUCUUUUUCACAAUUUGAAAAACUGAUUGAUGAAUCAUGAAUCAUUAAUAAUCAGUUGGUUGUUACUUAAUAAUGAAGUAAUGAUUUGUAGGUUGCAAUAUUUUAAAUGUAUCAGUUAGCCUGCCUAACAGGUAAAUACAAAAAUCUUAUAUUUUAUUGUUAUUUAAGAAGAGAGCAUGGAAUAACCUAACUUCUACAAUACUUAAUUUAAUCUGUUGAUCAUAACAUACAAAUUAACUAUACAAUUUACUUUUCAUUUUGUCUUUGCUGCAUUAGUAAUUCAGAAGGUCACUCAAUUUUAAUUUUAUAGGCAAUAUUUUUUGACCUUUGAACAAUUCAUAACCUUGCUAUGAUAUUUUCAAUACUUAAUGACUGAAGUCUUUAGGUAAAGGUGGAAGAAGGGGGAGGGGGGCAGGGUGGCAGCUUUGUUACCAUUUAGCAUCUUUCUCUACACUUAUGUCUCCUACUCAACAUUUGCAUAUGUUUCUGUUGUUCUUUUCAUGGUUAGCACUUUCUGAAAAUUUGACAGUCAAUAAGAAAAUAAAUAAAUGUUCCUCGAACAUGUUGACUCCUGUUUUAAUCCUUUAACUUCCAGAACUGAUAAACGUGAAACUUCUUCCUAUAUUAUUCAUACAUUAUCCAGCAAAUUGGCAUGAGAGCACUUAAACAUUUCAGGGAGUUUUUAUCCUGAUCUAACACCAAAUUCUCACAACUAAUUAACAAAGAAAUGUGUAGCAACUAGAGGGGAGAAUUAACAAUCAGAUCUUGGGAGUUAAAGGGUUAAUGGUGUGAUGUGUUUUGUGUAUUUCUUGGGUGGGUUCUGAAAUUUUGUCAGCACAUGUUGUUUGGUAUAGUUUUGAAGUUGUUGAUAACUUUCCCCUUUUCUGUCCCACCAUACUGAACACUGAAUUUUUGACAAGAGUCCAAUACCAAGGAAUUUAUGUCAUAGGGGAGGUAUGCCCUAGACCUCCUACAAUGAUUCUGAACUCCUGAAUCACAAAGCAUAGAGCUACAGUAGUUACAGCAGGUUGAAUUUCAAAAUACUUAUAACCUUUCAAAAAUGUCUUCAAAUUUAUUAAGAGUUGAAUUAAGGGCACAGCCAUUUUGGAUGAAAGCACUUACUUGUUACAUAUCAACUAGCCUUUCUCUUCCUUCAAUAUUUGAAGCACCGAUGUGAUUGACUUCCCUGGUUUCAUUAAGCUUGCAAAACACAUCAAGUUUUUAGUGUGAGUGCAGUGAAUUAAAGAACAUAAGACUAUUGCAUUGCUGGUAAGUGGCCAGG